AUGUGUUGCAAUUAUUACGGGAACUACUACGGGGGCUGUGGAUACGGCUCUGGCUAUGGCUGUGGAUAUGGCUCUGGCUAUGGCUCUGGCUAUGGCUGUGGAUAUGGCUCUGGCUAUGGCUGUGGAUAUGGCUCUGGCUAUGGCUGUGGAUAUGGCUCUGGCUGUGGCUCUGGCUAUGGCUGUGGAUAUGGCUCUGGCUGUGGCUAUGGAUAUGGUUCCAGAUAUGGCUGUGGCUAUGGUUGUGGAUAUGGGUCUGGCUACGGCUGUGGCUGUUGUACCUGCCGACCAUUUUGCUACAGAAGAUGCUAUUCCUCAUGCUGCUAG